UCCUCUUUCGCCUUAGCCCUCAACCUCGAGCGAGAGAGAGAGAGAGAGAGAGAGAGAGAAUGUCUCUAGGGUAUGCGGAGAAGCUUUCCUAUAGAGAAGAUGUGGGCAAAGUGGGGAUGGCGGAGCUUUUCGAUCCUCCACACGUCCUUCAGCAGAAGAUUGAAGAGCUUGCCAUUAUGAUCCAUAAGAGUAAGCACCUGGUGGCAUUUACAGGGGCAGGCAUAUCAACUUCUUGCGGUAUUCCUGAUUUUCGAGGACCUAAGGGAAUUUGGACACUUCAGCAUGAGGGAAAGGGGUUGCCUGAAUCAUCCCUCCCAUUUCAUUGUGCAAUGCCUAGUUUGACGCAUAUGGCAUUAGUUGAAUUGGAAAGGGCGGGUAUUCUGAAGUUCAUCAUUAGCCAGAAUGUUGAUUGCCUUCAUCUUAGAUCUGGAAUUCCAAGGCAGAAACUUGCAGAAUUGCAUGGGAAUUCUUUCAGAGAACUUUGCCCUUCCUGCGGAGCAGAGUUUGUUCGAGAUUUUGAGAUUGAGACCAUUGGGAGGAAGGUGACGUCAAGACGUUGCUCUGAUUCAAACUGUGGAGCAAAACUGAGGGACACAGUUUUGGAUUGGGAGGAUGCCCUGCCACCAAAGGAGAUGAACCUUGCUGAGAAGCACUGUAAAACAGCUGAUAUUGUGUUAUGCUUAGGGACUAGUUUGCAGAUCACUCCAGCUUGCAAUUUGCCGCUGAAGACACUUAGUGGUGGAGGGAAGAUUGUUAUAGUUAAUCUUCAGAAAACACCCAAGGACAAAAAAGCCAGUCUGGUUAUCCAUGGUUUAGUAGACAAGGUUCUUGCAGGAGUCAUGCAGUUACUUAAUCUCCGAAUUCCUCCAUUUAUACGAAUUGAUCUUGUACAAGUUAGUCUUCGUCAUGCACCAAAGAAUAAAACUAAUGUCAGAUGGACCUUAAGGUUGACAAGUAUACAUGGGCAAAAAGCUCCUCUGCCAUUUGUCAAAUCAGUUGAGAUUCUUUUUCCGGAGAGACCAGACAUGAAGCCUGCUGUCCUCCAAAAGCAACCAUUUUAUCUGGAGAGGGAAACAUCAAGGCGAAGGUCAUUUAAAAUGGUAGUGAAGUUCAAUUUCACUGAUGGCUGUGGCUGCUCAAGCGCAAUGAUCGACCUGCCAAUUGAUUUCCAGGUUAAGAAGGAAAGCUUUAGUCAUGACAAGAGCGGGGUGCUUCAGGAACUAAUGGAUGUAGCAAACGAAGAAUCUCAAUGUGGACAACAUGCAACAGUCAAAAGAUCGGUCCUUCCUCGAUCCGAAGUUCGCAUUGAUGCUAUUGUGACAAAUCUUGUCAAGUAUAACAAUCCGGAAAACAUCAAGCAUGCCGAAGCCAAUACCACUCUCAAUACCAAUGGCAUUAAAAGAUGGAAUGAAGUCACAAAAGGCCUCCGAACUUCCCGUAAAAGAUCAAAAUGUGCCUGAAUUUAACCUUUAUUUUUGUUUAAAUGAUGUACAUAUAUUAGCUUAAACUUAUAAUCAAAUACUAGUCAGUUGGGUGAAUUUUGUUCACCACACCCAGCGACAUCGUUGACCGUAGGACGCAUGAAGAAAUGGAUACAUAUUUAUAUU